ACUAAAAAAGUCAAGAUCUUUCUUUCCCGAAUCUGACACAGAACAACGCAGCUUCUCAUUGACAACUCAACUUCUAUUGAUUCACGAUCUUGUAAUUUGGCCAAAAUUCAUAUCACAUCCCCAGUAAAAAAAAGAAAAAGAAAAAAGAGAGACUAAGAAAUGGCAGUCCCAGUGGUGAAAUUCCCAUUAUUCAUAUGCAUAAGGGUUUUAGGUUUAUUAGUAGCCACUUUGGUUCUCAUUUGGAAUAUUCAUUACAGAGGUGGCUUAUCUCUUUUUUCAGAUGAUAAAAAUCUCAUCUUUAAUGUUCAUCCUGUUCUGAUGGUAAUUGGCCUUGUUCUGUUGAAUGGAGAAGCCAUGCUGGCAUACAAGACGGUCUCGGGAACAAAAAGUUACAAAAAACUAGUCCAUCUUUCCCUUCAGUUCCUUGCAUUUUGCUUUGGAAUAAUUGGUUUAUGGGCUGCUUGGAAAUUCCACAAUGACAAAGGCAUCGACAACUUUUACAGCCUGCACUCAUGGUUGGGCUUGGCUUGCUUAUUUUUAUUCACCAUUCAGUGGGGAGCUGGGUUCGCAACAUUCUGGUAUCCAGGUGGUUCAAGAAACAGCAGGGCUUCACUGAUGCCAUGGCAUGUCUUUUUUGGAGUCUACAUUUAUGCACUUGCAGUUGCUGCUUGUGCCACUGGCAUUUUAGAAAAAGCUACCUUUCUUCAAACCAACAAUAUAAUUUCACGCUAUUCUGCCGAAGCAAUGCUAGUGAAUAUUUUGGGUGUCUCGAUAGUUUUUUUGGGCGGUUUUGUAAUUCUUGGCAUCAUAUCACCGCCAAAUGGCAAAGGUGACGUUAUCAGAGGAUCGGUAGAGUAAAUUAGAGUUUUAUUUGAUCCAACUUUAAAGUUGUGACUGAUAGGCAUGAUUGAUAAUGUAAUAGCAGCGAGUGUUUUCUA